AUGUCCGACGACACCAUCAUUGUCCGCACAGACAGGCCGCAACCCGUCACAGAGAAACAAGCAUUGAUCACAGCUCUCAUCCAGAAGCACAGCCUCCCGAGAGACGGAUGGACAAGGGCAUCCCUCAGUGACUGGGCGUUUGGCCAAUAUGCAGAGGAAAUCUUUGAUGAAUUUGUAGCAUCAUUCCUCGUCCCUCGCCUGCAACACCCAGGCCGCCAAGAUCCGGCAAUCCUCCCGGAUGUCUACAGCAUCAUCAACACCCCGCAGCAGGCAGAUCACACGCUUGGCGACGUCGACAAGACUGCCUGGAAGCCCGCAGACCAUGCCCUCCGCUUCUGCUUCGCACUGGUGCACAGCCCCAAGCGCGACGCCUUCAACCCGCUCGUGGAUGUGAACCCGCCGAGAUACGCGAGACACGGCAGGGCCGGUCUCUACCAAGCGGCCGCCGCCCGUCAGGACUCUAGGAAGGCCAGCGCAGAACGUCCGCCCCCGUCCGAGUCCGAGCUGUUGGUAGUCGCCCUGCGGGUCUUGGAGGUCUUUGUGAGGGAGUGGAAGGAGUCUUCGCGGGAGUAUGCGGCCUUUUUGAAGCUUUCGCCGAGGGAAAGUCCGCUGUCGCCUGUUUCUUCGGAGUCGAGUGGCGCCGUGAGGCGUCUCGAUUUGGGCAUCUCGAGGGUCCCGACGCUGCAGAGGUCCGACGCGAACGGUCAGGAGCUGGAGCGGAUGGUCACCAGGUCCAUAUCUUGUAAGCUGUGCGGUGGCGAGUGA